AUGCUCUCCUCUGACCAUCGCAUGGCCCCCGCCGACAGCGAUCGGUCCCGCCUCCCAGGCUACCCCGGCGGUGCCCAUGCCGCCCCCGCAGAGAGCUCCAGGCCAGAGGUCACCCUGCUCGUCGCGGGCUGCAGAGGAGGCAAAACAUCAUUCCUCCGCCUCCUCCUCGACACCAGCAUCGUCUCCCCCCGCACUACAAAGGACCAGCUCGCAAAUGUCGCAAAAUUCGUCCAGGGCUCCAGCAGCCACACGCCCUGCCUCCGCUCCGUCGCUCUCGACAUCGACCACGACCCAGACGGCUCCGGCCAGUACCGCCCGCUCGGCCUCACCCUCCUCGACACGCCCUCUCUCGACUUUAGGGACGACCUCGCAGCCGCCCGUAUCCUCGACGACACCAUCCGCCACAUAGACGCCAGGUUCGUCGAGGGCAUCGAGGACGACUGGAAGGCAAAGACAGGCGACCGCUACGUCCAUUUGUGCAUUUACUUUCUCGAUCCGGACCAAAUCGUCCCGCCCUCGGUUCCGGCUCCCCCAGCCCCGCUCAUUCCCCGCCCACGCGCAGCCAGCUUCUCCGUACAGCCAGAGCACGAACCCGUCAUCCUCGAGCCCCCCGUCACCAUCAACCCCCUCCUUACCGCCCGCCCCACCCUCCCCCACCAAGACAUCGCUGCCAUCCGCCGUCUCUCCGGACGUGUCAACGUCCUCCCAGUCAUCGCCCGCGCUGAUAUCUUAUCGAAUGAUCGAUUGGCCGCAGUAAAGGUGGCCAUUCGCAGGGAUUUGGCAGAUGCCGGCAUUGGCUUUGGGAUUUUCGACACCGACCCCCCGCUGCACCCCGUCGACGAGCUCCCGUCAGCCACCAGGCCGGACUCGUCGAAUGGUUAUGGGCUCGCGAAUGGCGCCCCGUCCGCGAGUAUGAACACCAGCACACCGCCCACGUCGCCGACCAGCCCUCCGAUCCUCAAGCUGCCCUACGCGCUUAUUUCCCCGGACAUGUAUUCGCAUAGCGACGGUGUCGCGCGCAGACUCUUGUCCCGGCACGAACUAGUCCAACAGUACACCCCUUCCACACACUACCCCACCCCAGCCGCCCAAUUUCCCCGCGGCAAAUUCACGCGCACGUACCGCUGGGGCUCUCUCGACGUCCUCGAUCCCGUCCACAGCGAUUUCGUAGCCCUCCGCACCGCUAUCUUCCACCACAUGGAUACGCUGCAGCAGUACACUCGGCAGUACCUCUUUGAAAAGUUCCGGGUUGAUUACACCCAUCACCAACGGCCGUCCUCUCGUCAGACCAUCUCACAUCUAUCACAUAUGGGCUCUAUCUCGCAGCAGCAGCAACAGCAUUCCUCUAGACCGAUCUUGGCUAUUGACACUCAACCUACUCACAGACAGCCUAUCCCUGUUCAACAGCAGCACCGCGACGUGUAUCCGGGAGAUGUGCGCCACAGUAAUAAUUCCGCACCCCGGCCGAGUUUACAGGACACAGCCUCCUCGGCGGGUGGCACCAGCAAACAGAGGCCGAGCAAACAGCGUACGAAAAAGAUCACCGUCGCGUGCAACUUUUGUCGCUCGAGGAAACUCAAGUGCGACGGUGGCCGGCCAGCGUGCGGGCAGUGCGUCAAGCGCAGCAACCCGUGCGAUUACCAGCCACAAAACAAGCGGCGGGGGGCUGUUGGGCGGCAGCGGGCGAAGGGAGAGGAGAGCGCGGGAGAGAGCGACUCGGGGGGCGAGGAGGGGUCCCCGAACACGCAUACAGGCGAGCCGUCGCUCUCGCCACAGGUGCCAUCUCAACCCCUCUCGCGGCGCAGCUCCAACGUCGGGCGACAUCAACAUCAUCACUCACAUGAUGGCGGGUACGCCCCGCACCCACCUCCGUCCUCACUUCCCUCCCUCUCUGCACUCAGCAGUGCCGCGGACCGGCGCGACCGGGAUCGGGAUAGGGACCUCGUUGGCGGCGAGCCCUCCUCGCGCCCUGGCUCCAGCAAGAUGGACUCGGGCUCGGGCCUCCCCCCACCCACCAGCUCGUCCGGCGCGCGCAGUGCCUUCUUCCCCGACAACGAGAUCCCGUCCAUCGCGACGCUCGUGGAACCGGACACCCCCGCCCCGAUGAGCGCGCCGACGCUGCCCCCGCUGAGGCCGGCGUCGGACUUGCAGGCGCAGCAGCGGAGGAGGUCGGCGACGGUCCCGGGCAAGGGCACGCGCCAGACGACGAGCUCGGGGCCAAAGGUCGUCGCGUGCAAUUUUUGCCGAGCCCGGAAGACCAAGUGUGAUGGGGCGCACCCGGCAUGUGCGAGCUGUGCUCGCCGGCAGCUGGACUGCAACUACGCGCACGACACCACCAUUGCUGCCACCACCGGCAGCGCCGGCAGCGGGGCCUCGAAUGUGGUGCGGCCCAGAGAAAAGGGGGGCGGCGCACGUCGACGUCGUCGAAGCCGCCAACGACGGCCGACUCGCUCUCCCCGCCGUCCUCGCGCAUGA